AUGAGAUCGAAUUCAACAGCUUAUACACCUAAAAAUCCUGAAAUCUUCCACAAAGGACACAUCCAUUUCUUUGAUUUAUUGUCAUCAUUCCAUGGUCUGGAAGAUCAACCAGACUACCCUGUUUAAUAAUAAACAAUAUAGGAUAAGCUUAGACAUUAAUACCUUCAUGAUAACAAUUGGGAAGAGAAAUUAUGUUAUAGAACAUGUUUCAAAAUUUAAGAGAAGGAUUAUGUACAAUUCUGUUUGGAUAAGAAAUGUUCAGGUGCACCUUAUUUGAAGGCAGCUCAAGUUUUGGGCUAUGUUAAAACUGGAAAUCCUGCACCUAAAGCUCACGGACAUCAUCAUCAUUGAUUAGGCAUUAAUACAUAAAACAAUAAAUUUAUCAAAAUUAUGGUA